AUGCUGACACAUGGACAUGCCGAGCGCUCCCCACAGAAUGAGGAGAUGCUGACACAUGGAGAUGCCGAGCGCUCCCCACAGAAUGAGGACAUGCUGACACAUGGAGACGGUGAGUGCUCCCCACAGAAUGAGGAGAUGCUGACACAUGGAGACGCUGAGCGCUCCCCACAGAAUGAUGAGAUGCUGACACAUGGAGAUGCUGAGCGCUCCCCACAGAAUGAGGAGCUGCUGACACAUGGAGAUGCUGAGCGCUUCCCACAGAAUGAGGAGAUGCGGACACGUAGAGACGGUGAGUGCUCCCCACAGAAUGAGGAGAUGCUGAAACAUAGAGAUGCUGGGCGCCCCCCACAGAAUGAGGAGAUGCUGACACACUCCCCAAAGAAUGAGGAGAUGCGGACACAUGGAGACGCCGAGCGCUCCCCACAGAAUGAGGAGAUGCUGACACAUGGAGAUGCUGAGCGCUCCCCACAGAAUGAGGAGAUGCUGAUACAUGGAGACGCCGAGCGCUCCCCACAGAAUGAGGAGCUGCUGACACAUGGAGAUGCUGAGCGCUCCCCACAGAAUGAGGAGAUGCGGACACGUAGAGACGCUGGGCGCUCCCCACAGAAUGAGGAGAUGCUGACACAUGGAGAUGCUAGGCGCUCCCCACAGAAUGAGGAGAUGCUGAUACAUGGAGAUGCUGAGCGCUCCCCACAGAAUGAGGAGCUGCUGACACAUGGAGAUGCCGAGCGCUCCCCACAGAAUGAGGACAUGCUGACACAUGGAGACGCUGAGCGCUCCCCACAGAAUGAGGACAUGCUGACACAUGGAGACGGUGAGUGCUCCCCACAGAAUGAGGAGAUGCUGACACAUGGAGAUGCUGAGCGCUCCCCACAGAAUGAGGAGAUUCUGACACAUGGAGACACCGAGCGCUCCCCACAGAAUGAGGAGAUGCUGACACAUGGAGACACCGAGCGCUCCCCACAGAAUGAGGAGAUGCUGACACAUGGAGACGCCGAGCGCUCCCCACAGAAUGAGGAGAUGCUGACACUUGGAGAUGCUAGGCGCUCCCCACAGAAUGAGGACAUGCUGACACAUGGAGACGCCGAAUGA